AAUUCGGCGGGCCAGCCUAAACACGACCCACGAAUCUCCAGCUCCAAAGUCCAAGCCCUACCACCGCCGCCUCCGGCCUCCGGCCUCCGCCUCCGCCUCCGCCUCCAUCGUUCAUCAUCCCGUACGCUCCGGAGCCACCCUCGCCGACCGCGAUUCCCGCCGUUUGGUGCUCAUUUCCUUUUGGUCCAAACCAGCGGGAGAAAAGGGCUGUUGGCUGGCACAGGCAGCGCUGAAGGAUGCCGCUGGGGCUCAUCGUGAGUUCGCUCGGGCGGGCGAUGCGGCGGAAGCGGGCUUCUUCGCUCGACAUCCUCUCCUCCAAACGGGCGCCCCGGGAUUACUACAAGGGCAAAAACUGCAAGCCCACGGGGUUCCACACCCGCAAAGGUGGAUAUGUGAUCGUUGAUGAGAAGUUGCCAAGAUUUGUAGUCCCUGAUUUGACUGAUUUCAAGCUGAAGCCAUAUGUGUCACAAUGCGCCAGGGACCUCACGGCGUCCACAGCAUCCUCGACUACAGCUGAAUCUACUGAAAACAAGAGCUGAUCUUAUGCAGUUGCUUUAGUGAAUGCUUACGUUCUACAAGAGCACAGUCCAGCUUUGCGGUUAUGUUUUCCUGUGAAGUGCCGAUGUUUCGAGCUCUGUAGCAUGUAGACUGUUCAGAUAGCUUUCUUGUAAUGGCAAACUUCAUGCCGCAGCAUAAAUCGUGUCGAGAUUUUCUGGUCUUCCAAUGUACAUGUAGUCAUGUACCCAUACACACUCUUCGAUUUUGAUUUUCACUUCCGAAGUAAAGAUUGAAGCUAUGCUAUGCUA